CUCCCUAACUUGGUCGCUAGAGCGUUAGUAAGCUAGCAAGCGCGGCGUGCUUGGAUUCACCUCUUCCUUCCUGCAUCACUACAGGCCAGGCAACAUCAUCGCACAUUUGGUCUUAGCUAACCUGCUGAGCUCGCAGCGCCAAAGACGCGCCCAACAUGGCUGCAGCCGCUCUACAGCCUUGCGGCUGACGUUCUGCAUGCGCAUAGAGCCACAUCUACCCCGCCUGAGGCCUGGUGUGAUGCCGUUGCCAGACUAAGAACACAAUACAGCGCGUUCGCCUCAGCUCGCGCUUUUAGGAACACUGUUCUACUAUCAAGGCAUUUAGAGCUGCACGGCUAUCCAUUGUCCUCCUCUUAUGCCAAUCUCUACAGCGCACGGCACGGCACAGCCACUACACCCUCGUCCUACUAGACUGCUACGUCGAGCCUCUCGCGUCUCGUUCCUACCACACGCCCACCACACAUCCACACGAGCCGAUGCGUCUUCUAAAGUACAGAGAAGAUGGCUACCUCACGAUCACCAGCUUCGAAGAUGGCGCGAUACCCCCUUAUGCGAUACUUUCACACACCUGGGGGAAAGAUGCAGAGGAGGUGACUUUCGCGGACCUUGCAAAAGGCGACGGCAAGCACAAGCCCGGCUACGAGAAGAUUCGCUUCUGUGGGGAGCAAGCACAACAAGACGGACUGCAGUACUUCUGGGUCGACACUUGCUGCAUCGACAAGGCAGAUAAGGCAGAACUUUCUUUGGCUAUUCAGUCCAUGUUUCGCUACGGUUCGUCUACUGAGUUCACUUGGGAGCCAGCCUUUAAGUCAAGUAAAUGGUUCACGCGUGGCUGGACGCUCCAAGAGCUUCUCGCGCCAAGCAUCGUUGAAUUCUUCUCCCAAGAAUGGGAGAGGCUUGGUGAUAAGAUAUCAUUAAAGUCUCUAAAUAAUAAGGUUACUGGUAUUCCAUGCAAAGCGCUCGACGGAGUUCCUCUUUCUCAAUUUAGCGUUAACGAGCGACUGCGGUGGAAGGGCGAUAGGCAGACUAAACGCGAAGAAGACGCAUGGUACUCAUUGUCAGGCAUUUUUGAUGUCGAGAUCGCGCCAGCUUACAGCGAAGGGGCGGUUAGCGCAUUUAAACGUCUAAAGGACGAGAUUGAUAAGCUCGAAAUAUGCAUUCGAGACAUACGUCACAUAGAUCCGCGUGAUGAUAAGAAGCGCAUUGAGGAUACAAAGGGCGGACUACUAGCAGACUCCUACCGCUGGGUUCUUAGCAAUACUGCUUUCCAGCAAUGGCAACAGGACCCGCACAGCUAG